AUGGCGGACCCUUUGUAUUGCAUUUGCAGACAAACAUAUGAUCCGUCGCAGUUUAUGAUCCAAUGCGAUUCGUGCGAGGAAUGGUAUCAUGGAAGGUUAGCUUGACUAUUGCUUAAACUUUCGGUGUUAAAAAAUUGGUAAAUAAUCCCAUUUUUUUUUGUUUAGUUGUGUUGGAAUUGAGGAAUACCAGGCUCCCGACAUCGAGCGAUAUCAUUGCCCUCAGUGUGCGUUGCUACAUGGCCCGCUAACUCGUAAGUAUCCCUAUUUAUUUUGUUUUCUACAGCUAAGAAUAUUUCUGAAAUUGGGAGCUCUAAAGCUGCUGUUUAUCGACUGUCUUGGGGUUCAAAUUGACGCUAAAACUAAACCCGAUCGAAGGUAAGGUCACCACGCGAAUUACACAAAGCUGGAAUUGAGUGCUACAAAGUAAUUUUGAUACAAUUAUCCAUGAAUGAAAUUGACUUUUGGCUCGUUGUAUGUCACGGAAUGAAUGAAGUUUUAGCUGGGAAUUAACGUAUCUCAGCAAAAUUGCAUAACUCUGCUCAUUUUAGUUGUUGAGUACGUGCAUAUAAACACCUGUUUGAUUGAAUAACUCAAUCAGAGCCGAACUAAGUUAUCCCGCACGUUUUUGUUAACUCAUUUCUUUGCCGAAGCCAACAGUUGUUUGGUCUCUCAUCCCCUUAAUUAAUACGCUGUGAAAAUGUUUGUCUUAAUCUGGGUUCUUGAGUUCUUACAUUUCUAAAUGAUUUGUUUUGAAACCUAAAGGCGAGUGUUGUUGUUGCGCUAUGAAAGGAUGCCGAUAGCUCUUUGUACUGACACGAUACACGAUACUUCAAUACCGUUGUACUCUUUCAAAACUCUGUUAAUAACCAGUAAUACUGUUUGAUGCCUUCUCCUAGAUAUCAAUCCAAUAAGAGUGGUUGUGUGAUGAUGGUAAAGGCGGCUUAAAACAACGAAAGCUUUAAAAAUCAUUUUAUAUGUAGUAUAUAUUUGAUUUAAAGUUUAGAGACGUUAAUUUUUCUUUAUUAUAAUCUGCCCGAUGUCCUUAUACUGAGACUGUUAUAUAUUUGUUCGGCCACAUAAAUAAUUUGGGCUUGAGAAGAAUGUUUUUGAUUUGUUUUGUUGUCAUUUAUAGUGUACUAUAGCUGUUUCAGUUGAAUGAUCCCCAUAAUUCAGGUCAAAAAUGUAAUAUUCCGGAAAACAAUGCAAACCAUGUAUUAAGACAUGUUUAAAUACAACGUCUUUGCCAUGAUUUAUUCUAGGAAUUGGCCAAUAAAUAAGGGUGUCAUCCCUUUCUGAAAUAUUGUAGGGGGCCUUUACUCAAUCACCCUUUCGCAAUUUCAGAACAAAAAAGACAAUCGCACUUCGCUCCUUUGUCUGUAUCACUGUAAAGAGAUUCAUCAAUGUUUCAAGCACCAGCCCGCCCUUUGCUUGUCAGAGAUAAUCAAGGGAUUUUUGGUUGCAUGUGGUUUACAUAUUGAACAGUGGAUCUACUCUAUUGGAUGAGUGUACUCUACUGUAUGUAGGGCCACAAAUUAGACUCUUCUCUUAGUGAUCUAGUUGGUUUUUAUUGCUUGACAGCUAGGUAGGGUGAAGCAUCUACAUAAACCCCAUUUACACGCGCUAAAAAAAUCGGCACGGCAAGCCAAAUUUUUGGCACUGUGCCUCGUUUACCCAUGCCGAGACUACCUCCGGGAGGUAGUCUCGGCACCCCUAAAAUUUUGAGCACUGGUGCCAUAUUACAUUUGGGACCGAUACAUUUACACGUUGAAAACUGGGAGUGCCGUGCCUUAAAAUCGUCAGCACGGUGCUAAAAAUUUGGUGUGCCGUGCCGAUUUUUUUAGUGCGUGCAAAUGGGGUUUUAAUCAACACUAGAUCAGCGUUUGAAUUUUGAUCAGUCCUGGUUAUGUUCUUAGGUUGUAUUCUACCUGCUUAAAAGUUGAUCAUUGUUGCUGCAAAAAAUCACAUUCAGUACAUUCACUAAAUCUCAGGAUUUUUGUCGAUUAAUUAAUGUCAGCUUGGGUAAUGUUUGUCAACAAAUUGCCAAGCACUUAUAAAAGUUUUUCUCAGAACUCCAAUCAGAGAAUUAUUGCAGACUCCUUUAAUCAUUUUUUAUUUGCAGUCAAAAAGCGGAGGAACUGGCAUCGUCAUGACUACAGUGAAAUAGAUGAUGGAUCAAAGGUAAGGAUGACAAUGAAAUGGAUGUUGGAAUGGACAAACAUUACCCUAAAAUAAUUCACUAUCAUUUUUGUCAGUUAUUAACAUCUUUAUUGGAUGUAUGAACUCAAGAUGUCAAGGACGACUAUUUGCAUGAUGGUUCAUUAGUUUCAAAAAAGAUCAUGGGUGCAGUAAUUCAGCAGGGUUCCUACAUGUCAUGGAAAACCUGAAAAGUCAUAGAAUUUUUCAGGCCUAAAGAGUCAUAGAAUUUAUGUGGAAUUUAGUCACUGUACUGUCCAAGCAAAGAAAAAUAGGACAAAGACAAAAGAGUUAUUUCAAAAAAUUAAUACUCUAAAGCAAUGAUUAGUUUGAAACUUUUUGAAAGGAACAGCUUUAAACCUAGAGGUCUUGGAAAAAGUCAUGGAAAGUCGUAGAAUUCAAAGAGCUCAAAAAGAAAAUGCCAGUAAGGUUACUUAUUCAGAUAAUAGGCAAGUUCAGCAACGAUUUUAGUCACCAUACAGACAAAUCACAUUUUUUGAUUUUAUUAUGGAACGAACUAAUAUUAAAACAGUUGCUGCCAAAGGAGUACAGUCAAACCUGUAUUAAGCGGACCUCUACUAAGCAGUCACCCUCUAUUAAGCUGUCACUUACCGAAGUCCCGGAAAUCAUUUCCCUUAAUUACAGUAAAACUGACCUGCAUUAAGCGGUUACUUGUAUUAAGCGGUCGCAGUCACCUUUUCUGAGGUCCCAACGAAUUAUUUUUUAUUGUCUUCACCUACUUUUGACAACCCUGGAAAACGUACCAUACUAGUACAACAGGUCACACUGUGAAUGGCAUCAAAUGGUCUUUAACCUUUUUCUUUUGGCCCAAGAAGAGGUAGAAACAGGUGGAGGUCAAUUUGUCGUGUGAUAUAUAUUUCACUCUUUGACUACCUUCAUUUUCUUGAAGAAUUCUCACGUUUGUCAAACCUGUAUUAAACGGUCAUUUAACUAUAUUAAGCGGUCAGUAAGCCAUUCCCAAAGGGUGACCACUUAAUACAGGUGUGACUUUACUAAGAUAACAUUUAGAGUGGACGUUUGUGCCAAAGUAUGUAAAAGUAUAGUGGACUGGUGGUAAUGAUGUUUUCUACACUUCUGAUUUUGUAGGCAGUUCAGACAGGGACUGUUGCAUUUAUCAAGGAACUGAAGAUCAGGAAAUUCAAGUAAGUGAGCUCAUAAACCUCUCAGCCCUUUAUUGUGUGUUAACAUUGGAUGCAAAGCAUCAGCAAACUUUGAGCAAAGCCGGGUCACAUUCUUGGUAAGAGGUGUCAUCUCACCACUGUACCAUCUUUUGUUUUCUUCCAAUAAAUGAGCACCUCAAAAGUAAUAUUUUUUUUCUGAUUUAAUGGUAUUUGUGACUUGAUUGUUAGAGAGGGAAACAUUGUACAGAAGCUUGCAAAUGGAAAAGAGCUUACUGUGGACACCUUUGAGAAAAAUGGCUUCAAUAGGCCAAUACUCGUUGCAAAGAAAGAAGGUCUUGGAAUGAUCAUACCAGACAGUAAUUUCUCUGUCAUGGAUGUGGAGCAAUGUGUUGGUAUGUGUAAUUUUAUAUGUGUACAUGAAACACAAGUAAUACCCCUUUGCAUCUUAUAUUAUAGUUUUGCAGUGCCAGUUGCUCUGACUGAUAUAAUGACGAAACAAGGACUUUAACUUCUCAGCUGUUUAAAAACAAUAAUCUGUCGCACUCCUAAGAAAGUCUCCAUUUGUUAACCCUACAACAAACUCACUCUGUACCCCUCUCUCCUCACUUAGAUCUUCAUGUUGAUUAAGAUCAUGUUAAUUAUUUUCAAAAAAUGAAGAAAUAAAUCUUAAUUUGCAGGUCCCAUGAGGGAGCUGGAUGUGAUCGAUGUCUGCAGACAAGUAAGAUUAACUAUAACUUGUCCAUUUUUUUAACAGAUUGAGUGACAGUUUUUCAGCAUUUAACCCUUUAAGUCCCAAUAUCCACAGACAAAUUCUCCAAACUGAUCUCUAUACAUUUCCUCUAAGAAUUAGUUGAGAGAAUUUGAUAAAAGAUCAAAGUAUUUUCUCUUAGGUGAUCAUUUUUUUUAAUUCUCAUAACCUCAUCUCAUGACAAUGUAUGGAUAUCGUUAGGAGAAAAUUGGUGUUGGUCACUAUUGGGACUUAAAGGGUUAAAAUCAUUAUUUACCUACCAAUGUAAAAACAGGUGGCAGUUAAAAUCAAUUAAUACACAUGUGUGCUUUCUAAUUUAUUUGACAGGAUGAUCACCGUAUGCGAAUGAGAGAAUGGACAGAAUAUUGCAUGAAUCCAGUAAAAAGAAAGAUCCUGAAUGUCAUCAGUUUAGAGUUUUCUAACACCAGGUAUGAUCAGCAUAUAUUGUAAGGCUCUACCAGGCCUUGUAAUAGGGUGUGAUUAAAAAAUCAGAAAUUUGUGGCUUUUCAGAGCAGAUUGUGCAACAAAUUAUGGAAAUUGUGCAAUUUUUUAAGGGCUUAAUUAAACUUGUUUUACCAAGUUUGAAAUAAGAAAAAUCCUUUAAUGUUGUUUAAUGGACAAACUUUGGGUGUAAAAACUAAUAUUAUACGUGUAACAUUGUUUUUAGAACAAAGUUGUUAGAGUUUGUCCUAUUAUCUUGAUAGAAAAGAAUAAUGUGUGACUUCUGUGCAGAUCUUAGCUGUUUGUCUUGUUUGCAUUCAUUAAUAAAUUUAUCCUCAGGCAUCAGCCUUAGUUUAUCAUUAUAUUUUCAGUGCAUUAAUGCUGUCCAAUAUUGACUUUUGUGAUUACUACUUUGUUUUAGCAUGUCACAGCUGGUUCAUGCUCCAGCAAUUGUGAGAGAAAUAGAUUGGGUCAAUCAUGUGUGGCCUGCAGAUCUCCCAGAGGACAGGUGAGUUUGAGAGUUUGAGAAAUCUCUUUCAAAUGUAGUUUUGUCACUGUUACUUGUACAUGUAUGUAAACUAUAUAAAUGUGUGCUGCUGUGAAGGGUACAUGUAGAUUACAAGCAGUUGUGUCUAGGAUGGGGUUUAGAAAUCAGUGGGUUUUGGUCUACAAUAGUAGGAAAUUGAUGGUGUAGAUGUUACAGGUCAAAAUUAUAUUGGAAGUCACAUAUCGCUUUGAAGCUGGAGUUGUAAACAUGAGGAUUACUGUGCAAUUUAAGUUUCGUAAUUUCUUUGUUUUGUUGAUGGCCAUCUUGAAACAUGGGAAACAGUAUGUCUGUGCAUUUGGUGGCAGCAUCAAGUCAUGGGAGGCUUAAAGAAUGUAAUCAAAUAUGAGCGCGUAAGGUUUUUUUUUUUUGGAUUAAGCUGGCCAUCUAUCGAUAUCUAACUCGGAAAUGAACCCUACAGCUCCAAAAUUUUUUUAGAGUCAUUAGAUUUAAAAAUUGAUUGUGUGAACAUCCAAGAAGUUUCCAUUGUCAAAUACUUAGGUGUCACUUUUGACUCAAACUUGACUUGGAAGAAUCAUGUUAUAUUGAACUCUGCUAAAAACUUUCGAAAACUGUAGACACAUUUUCCAAAUUAAGGUGCUAUAUUAAUGUUGAUAUACUAAUUACGCCUUACUAUUCCAUAAUUUACCCCUUUCUAACUUAUGAUCUAUUCAAGUUUGGGGUCUCACAUACUCAACCUACCUAAAACCAGUGACUACUUUGCAAAAACGAGUUGUCAGAAUAAUGACUUUUUCAGAGCCAUUGCUGAAGUCUCUCAGACUCCUAAAAUUCUCUGAUAUAAUUCAUUUUAAAAAUUUUUUUUGUAUAUCAGUGGUAUCAUAAAUUAAUCACAGAAUGAUAAUCUGUUUGUUAAAUCAGCUCAUGCAUGUACUACUCAAUACGCCAUUUUGUUACACUGGUACCAACCUUUGGAAUUCUUUAUCCAUUGAUGUCAAGAAAAUCAAGCCAUUUUCUAGUUUUCUUCAAAAUAUCAAGAAUUCUGUGAUUGAUGGUUGUAAAAGUGUUAUUAAUUCCUGAAGUUUUAUGAUUAUAUUAUCUUUAACUACUAUGUGAUCAUUGAAGUAAUACUUUUUAUCUAAAACAACUAUUUUGUCACUAUAUUCCUUCUACUCGUAUUUUUGUUUUGGGUCAUCUACUCAGUUAGUUCUGGAAACUAUAGAGGUGUCUCAAACCCUGACUCUGCACAAUGAACCGAAAAUUGAAACAUUUCUUUCCUUAUUCACUAUCUUUUAUUUUUAUAUUUAAAGGCUCUGAAUUGUAUUAAUAUUCUGUGUGAGUUUAAAUAAAAAUUAACUUGACUUUUCGAGAAAGUGUGACAAAUCAGUAACCAACUCAUGAAAGCGUGAGAUAGGUUGUAAAAUCAUGAGACUUGGCAAGUCUGUUUUAAUCAUUCUUUUCUUUCACAGUCUACACAAGAAGCCAUUAGUCCAAAAGUACUGCUUGAUGGGGGUAAAGAACUCAUACACAGACUUUCAUGUUGACUUUGGUGGAACAUCUGUGUGGUAUCAUGUUCUUAAGGUUUGUGGUACUGUAAAAUGAGCUUUGCUGUUCUAUUUGACUAUGCGACUCAAGAUAGUUAAAGUGUUUAUGAGCCACUGAACUUGGCAAAUAAAAUAUUAGGUUUCAAUCUAAUCUAAUAAAUUAAUUUUAUUUUAGCAUCGCAAAAGCUUACAACCUGAGGAAAAUCCAAAGUUAGUGGGUUUCAGUGCACUGGAAAGGAAUUAAUUGAAGUAAAUGUGUGGCUGACUUGAAGGAGAGCUAGUUGUUUUUAUUAAAACAGCAAAGCCAAAUAUGGGAUGACACGUACAGUACAUGCUGCAUACAUUGUAACAAACAAUUAAUUAAUGUUAAGUAUCAAGUUUCAUCAAUGUCCAUAGGGUGUAGAGAAAAGGAUAUGACAUAAAUUUGGUAUAAAAUAUUAUUAAUAUUCAUGGUUUGUCUCACAGUGAUUACAAAGUUUGGUCCAUUUUUUUUUUUUCAGGGUGAGAAAGUGUUUUACUUCAUAGAGCCAACAGAAGAAAACUUGACCCAGUAUGAAAAAUGGGUAUCAUCUGCCAGGCAGAGUGAGAUGUUUUUUGGUGAUAUGGUCAAGAAUUGUUACAGUUGUUCAGUUAAACCUGGCCAAACUCUCUUCAUUCCUACAGGUACAGUUAUGAACAGCACACUGAAAAUUUUUCAGUGUCAAUGUCAUUAGCAUCACAUUUUGAUGUUUAUAUUGUUCUUUCAAUUUAGAUUUUCUUAGACAGUACUUAAAAUUCAGUAGCUUUUAAAUCUUUUGCUCUUUAAAGGUAUAUUACAUGCACGUAGUUGAGAGGUGUGCAGAUGUUGUGUAGUACUGGUUACUACCCCUUGUAGAAUCAGACACUAUGUAGAAUCUAUGCAAAUGCUAUGUCACAAAGCUAUGCAAAACCUAUGUUAAUCACUCAUACAUUGCUUUAACCAGAUCCUAUGUUGUUUCUAUGCCAGGACUAUGUUUUUUGUAUCGAAAAUGCUAUGUUUUCGCUAGUCAAACGGAACCUACUUAAAAGCUAUGCAGUUUUUAAAGGUAGGAAUAAAGGACGAAAUGACAUAGUUUCCACAUAGCCUAUACAUACAGUUUACUUAGCUUGUGGAAAGAGAUUUUAGACUUCAUAGUCAACCUCAUAGAAAAAUCAUAGAAAAUAAAUAGCCUUCACAUAGGACUGAAAUAGAGUUUACAUAGUAAAAUGGAACAGGGAACAGUUGAUUAAAUAGCUUUUGAAUAGGGUUUGCCUAGAAUUUAGAUAGCCUAGAAAUAGAAAAAACAUAUGAAAAACAUAGCCUUUUUAAAGGUGACAUAUACUUUGCAUAGCAUUAAAAUAGGGAAAACACAGAACAAAUAGUCUUUGCAUAGGUUUGAAAUAGGAUUUUAAUAGUAUUUGAAUAGGUAAAACAUAUCACAUACACAAGCUUUAACUAGAGUUCAAACAGAAAUUACAUAGAAUUGACAUAGUCUCUUAUGUAUGUAGGUUUCGAUCUGCUUAAGCAAAUGUAGUGUUUAAAAUACGUUCGUAAAAAUCACCAAAAUAGUAAAAAUAGUAUAAAAUAUGAAUUAGAAUACCUUUUACAUUGGUAAGAAAUAGGUUUUGAAACGAAAAAUUGAAAAACUAUGGCAAUAUAAUACCACGAACACUAAUAGUAACACAAAUGCAGUAUUUUCAUGGAGGUUUCAGAAUCGAAACCCUAAGUUUAAGUUUGCUUAUCGUGUAGACUUUUUGCUGAUGUCGUGCUCUUCAGUGCCAUACAGUUUCCUUUUGACUGCAACGAAUAAGUAUCUGCAAACAGAAAAGUGGAGAUUUUAAGGCAAAUGAACCUAAAAACAACCUGACGUUUUAGAAUUGAAACGAAGGAGUAUCAAAGCGUGAUCGACCGAUCCUUGUUCAGAUACGCGAAAAGGGGAGACAACACAGGCAAAUCGAAACUUAAUUGAGAAAAACAUCACUUACCACCGAUAGGAAUACUUUUUGUUGAACCUGGCAGGAAAAAGACUGUAAAUUGAAGUAAAAAGAAGCGUCUUCUCGUAAAAACGCACGCUUACAGCUCGUCUUCUUUGACUUGAAAGCGCCCGCGUCGAAACAGACAAUUUUCACACCUUUUCAUUGGUUGAAAAGGCCCACGUGACGAUAAAACGCAAAAUACGCAUGUGUUGAACUCACGGGCUUCCCUGGGAACUAGUGGAAACAAAAUGGCUGACAAACAUCCACCGAGGCAGGUAGCGUUUCGCAGUUUUGACCAUGCAGUUAUAUUCAGGAGACGUCCACAAUCAAGACCAAGGAUCGAACCCAAUGUAAAAGAAGAAAAUGAUGCAUGGAAGUAUCAUUUCAAGUGAAGAACUCUAGAGAAAAGCUAGAAAGGAAAGUUAAGACAGGGAUGAUGGAUGUAGCGAUUCAAUGCUUAACAAAAGUCUUCUCACUAAGAAACUAUCUGGAAGCACAAAAAAAAAUUAUAGUACAUGAUUUUUCAGUGUUAUAGUUUAAAACACUGCCUUUUACUUUGGAAGUAUGCUUAGCCUUCUGUAAGCGCUACCAUCAACAUGCCUAGUCACUUAAAAGCUAUGUUGGAAUAUCACAUAGGAAACGCAUAGACUACAUAUAUUUUUCAUAUGAGUGACAUAGGAAAAAAUAUGUUUAUGUGAAAGCUAUGUAGCCUUUAUCUCAUGAUAAAGCUAAAUGAAAAUGUCACAUAGUGAAUACAUAGGCUGCAAAUAUGUUUCAUCACAUAGCAUAGAAUAUACAUAGCACUAUGUAAAAGCUAAGAAACUUGUUGGAAAUAAAAGUGAAGAUCGAAAUGCUAUGUAAAAGCUAUUUUACUUUGAUGCAUAGUGAAUACAUAGGAUGCUAAUCAGAAGGAAAAGCAGAACUUUCUAUUGCAUAGUAAAUACAUAGCUAUGUCAAGACUAUGAAAAGAUUUUGAAUAGUAUUUGCAUAGGUAUUCAAAAGCUAUGUGCUUUUCAAAUAGCCUAAACAUAGUUUCAACAUAGAUUUUGCAUACUUUGGACUAUGUUGUUUGGUGUGUUACAUAGUUAAUACAUAGGCAGUAGUGAACAUAACAUAGCUGAAACAUAGUCCAACAUAGUAAAAAAAUAGCAUGAGCAUAGGUUUUGCAUAUGUCUGGUUCUACAAGGGUACCUGUGCUUCUUAUUUCAAGUUAAUGUGCCAAGAUACCCAAUGGAUUUACCAAGCAGUCAUACUUUUUUAAUGUUUGUUAUUUAUCUAGGAUGGAUCCAUGCUGUUUUUACUCCUGUUGACUCACUUGUGUUUGGUGGAAACUUUCUCUGUACUUACAACGUUGAACUUCAGCUAAGGUUUGUCAAAAACACUGUGGAAUUUGCUUAUCCUGAUAUGUUUAUGUUCCUUUGUGACAUCCAGGAACUUGUGAAAAGAAAUUGUGUUCUAAAUAAAUCAGUUGUAAUUGGAAUUAGAUCAUGGCACAUAUUGUCAGAUAGUUUUAAAAGAUGAGUAAGAAAAGCUCAAUCAUGAGCACCACUCUUUUUUAGGGUGUAUAAACUGGAGAGACAGCUCAAGACCCCUGACAAGUUCCUUCACCCUUGUUUUGAAACAAUUAAUUGGUACGCAGCUGUUUAUCUCUUGGACAGACUCAAAGGUGAGAAAUCUAAAUACCUGUGGGGAUUAUUUAGUUAUUGCUAAAAAGUGAGCACUGAACUUCUGAAAGCUGGUGUUUCUGUGGAGGCUAAAGAACUAAAUAUCUUUAGGUAGUAGUACACAUAGACCUAGCUACCUGCUCAUGCUAUAAAUAUUCUCCUUUUUUGGCCAGUUUCUCUGUCUUCUUUCACUCAAACCCCAAUGAGCGUGGCAAAUGCCAAGACUGAAAAAGCUAACUCCUUAUUUUUUAGAAGAAAACAGUGAUUGUUGAAAAUUGCUGUAGCAAAUUGUGAUUUCCACUGCUGAUACUCCUCUGUUUUACUGUGAUCUGUAUCUCUCUUCUGUUGUCUUUUCAAAAUCCCUGGAAGGCAGACAUUAUUUUAAAUGCCUUCUCUCUAAGUUCGUUUAUCAGGGUAACCCACAUUUCAAUGAUCACACCAUAGGAAUUCAUCCACACCCUCGAAAGCCAACAUUACAUUUCUCCAUAACUGAGUGUUUCUCUCUGUCUGUUUCAGAUUGUCAUGAAUCUGGGCGGAAGCCAUCGGAGAGCUUGGUGAAAGGCUUAAAUGUUUUGUCCAUAGCACUCAAGGUGUGGAGCUCUAAAGGAGAAGUAAGUACAAGAUGAUGGGUGACCUGUGUCAUCCCAACAUUACUGCAAAUACAUGUAUGAUCCUCAGAUUCUCUUCAGUUUCUUUAGUAUUAUGGGCUGUUAAUAAUAGCCAGGACUCUGACCCCUGACUAUUAUAACAAUGCAGAUCUCCGGCUAUUUUCAAAGGAAGCAAAAGGAAACCAAGAGAGAACCAAGAGAACUUCCCAGCUAUUCAUUGAUUAUAUAGCUUAACUAACUUGAAAUUUUAGUUAUUAAGUAUUGUGCAGGGUUCGCACAGUUGUGAAAAGUCCUUAAAUUUCUGUGCAAGUCCUUGAAAAGUUCUUGAAUUUUCUUCAACUUUGAAUACAGUGGCCUGGAAAGUGUUUCUUAAUACUUUUUGUAAAUCACAGCUCAGAGAAGUUAAUGGUGAUUUGCACACAGUGUUUUUUUUUAGUUGUUGUUUUAUGUAAUAGUUAACUAUCAAUUUAAGACAAGUGAACUGAAAAAUGGAGAGAAGUUGGUGGAGCAAAGAGUUCAAGCCUUAAAGUCCUGUUAGAAUGGACUGGGAAUGUGCAUUUUUGUACAAUCUUUGAAAUUACAUUCCUGGAAAUCAAAUGUGGUCCUUGAAAAGUCCUCGAAAAGUCCUUGAAAAAUAGUUGCAAUUUUAAGUAUGAACCCUGUUUUGUUCUUUCUUUUGUAAUCUCUACAGGAGUACACAAAGCUUCACAAAUUUUUUAUUCCUGAUAAUAUAUCUCCAAGCAAGUUGAUCAAAUCCAUCGCCAAAGAACUGAAAAAGACUGAGGUCAGUUGUAGAAACUGUAGUUUAUGUCACAAUUCUCUUUCCUUAUUUGGUAAUUGUGAAGGAAACUCCCCACAACAACAGCCAGCCAACUUUCAGCCGCUGGUUUACCAACGUUUUGUCUUAUUUUGUUACAUUUUUUGUUAGCAUUUAACCUACAAAAUCGAUUUUUUUUAACUUGAAUUUAAUUUUAAUUUUCUAAGUACUAUCAUGUUGUUAUUUCUUACUAGAGCUGUGCUUCCCUGAUAAUUGAUAAAAGUUUUGCAUGUGGUGCAGUUUAAGGGGUUGCAUUCUUUUGUUACAUGACAGCUGUAGUUUCUUUUUACAGUAUUUUUUUUGGCAUUGUAGAUCUUUUAAUGGCCAUGAUGUCAUAAUAAAAAAGAAUGAACUCAACAAUAAAUUAUACUCAUACGAAGUGGUUGUUUCAAACCACAGCAGUGAAUCAGUGUAUCCUCUAGAGUUUAGUUACAUUUUUUUUGUUUCUUAUUUAGCUGUUAAUUUUGAAUAAUAUUUCACACGUCAUUAAUUCGCAUUAUCUCUUUUGCAUUAUUUAUUUUUUCUUUGGUAGAAAUCAGGCAGAGGUUCGAGGCCAACAACUCCAAAAAUUGAUGAAAACAAUCAGAGACAAAAUGGGAGCCCUGUGCCAUCUAGUUUUGUUGAUGGGGGUAUACCACGCUUAAAAAUCAAGCCACCAAAGCCUGAUAAUUACAAUGCAUACAGCCCUAAAAACGCUGGAGAACAUUUGAAAUGUGAACUUGAUGACAGUAAACCUGUGAUAAGAAUUGCUAAUGCAGGGAUAGAUCAAAAACGAAAAGCAGACAUGCUAUCCUCCAGUCUUCCAUCACUCAAGCUAAAGAUUCCCAGAACACAAGAGCCCCAGGGGACUGGUGCCCAGUUGAGUAAAGGGAAGUUACAGCUGAGUGCAUCAGCGGAUUCCAGUCUUAAACUUGUUGUCUCAAAUGGAAAGAUUGUCAGGUAAGUUUGACAGUUCAUAUGGUGUUUGGUUUAAAAUCAAGACAUUACAGUGAAUGAUCUAAUAGACGGCCUCUCUCUCAAGUAAACGCCUCUUGUCAAUUAGACGCCCCUCUCUAAAAACGCCCCCCCCCCCCCCAUCAAACUUACACAAAAAUACUAGGAAUCAGCAAAAAGGGUCAAAAUCAUUAGGGUUUGCGCAUUUCAUUUUGUUUAAGGUCAAGUUUAAAGUAGGGAUCGAUUAACGAGGAUUCUGAGGUCGAAGUUGAGAUAUGCAUCUCUAUCGGCCUAGACUGGAUAUUACGCUAAUUUAAUAGUUCUCUUCACAUUUUCGCUGAAAGUAAGAUUGUUGCAAAGAUGAAAAUUAACGCCUCUCCCCUUAGAUGCUUCCUAUCUAUUCAGCACCCUCUCGUUUUAGAAAUAUGUCAUUGAGAAUGUUGAAAAUACCAUUUCCAAGCCGUCUACAUUUCAAAACUUCCUGGGAGGGGAUGCCCCCAGACCCCCCAAAAAAAAAACAAAGCCACCCUGUUGAAAUUGCGCUCAGCCGUCCCUGAAUAUAUCACUGUCCAGUGGAUAACGUAAUUGGUUUCCUUAAUGCUUAUCCAUUGAAUAGUGAUUUAUCCGGUGGAAAAUGCUAUCUAGCAGAGCCAGAUAAAUCACUAUCCAGCGGAUAAGUAUUAAAGAACCAUUACCAAUUGCGGUAGCCAACGGAUAGAGAUUUUUCCAGUGGAUAGUGUCAUCCACUUUUCAACAACUGGGGCCAGUUUGCUCUUAACGAGAUUGCCCAUCACACAAGCUUUCGAUUCGGAAACCUCGUUUUAUGUAAAUUGGACAACCUGUUACGUAGUUUGUCGAUAGUGGACUUUUUUAAUGGCUUGUUUAUUCAACUUGACCGAUUAAAAUGGAGUGGAUAGCCAUUGGUUGUCGUGCGAAACUGUCCACAGUGAAUUUCCUCGUGAUUAACCGAAACUAUGUUCCGUUUAACAAAAGAAACUCAACCGUUUCGCUUGUUCGUGUUUUCUUGGCAGCAACAACAAUCGUAGCAGCAGAAAGAUUACUGGGAAGAAGUUCCAGCCACUCAUGCAGCAAGAUGUAGCAGAAGAAAGCAGUGAUGUUACAGAUGGUUCCUACACCUGCUCACCGUCCAAACAAGGACCUCUGCGGCUUAAAUUAUCAAGUACGUCGUAUUUAACUAGUGCAUUGAGUGUACUUCUUCCCACCCAUAAUUCAAAUUAAGCUUUAAUAGUUGAUGUGACUGCUUUUUCCUAUUCGGGAUGCUGGUUCAUUGCAGGCUCACCCCCAGCAGUAUGUCGUUGGUUGGCAUGCGUGGCAGGCGUUUGAGGAGGAAGGGAAGGGGAAGGGAUUUCGAAAUAAAGGCGCUUGGUAACGAGACGGUAAAGCUUGAUCCACGCCUCCACAAAUUGGGUAUUGGUAAAAAAUACUUUCCUAUUCUGACACUCUGGUCUUUCCUUUUCAGUGAACAGCAGUGCGUCAAACAAAAACGCCCCUUUCUUUCCGUCAAACUCAGCAGAGAGUAACAGCGAUACAUCGGACAAUGAACUUGACUUUAGUUUCGAAGGAACGCCAAGUCUCAUUCCCAUGCAAUCGAGAACGACACAAGGAAGCAUGGGGACGACUUAUGGUCUCCAGACCACGGGGUCAGUCUCUCGCACUCAGCAACCCAUGGCCGAGUUCGACUGGACCUCAUCAGCUGACCUUAAGUAAGAAAAUUGCUUCAAUUUGUUCAAACUUAUCUCAAGCUAUACUUUACAUGCCAUUUGCAUAAACGUUCAAUUUAGUUUUCCUGUGUAUUUCGCGUGAUAAUUAUCAUUAACGCCUGGGUCGCAAAUGGAGGUGAGUUUCCCAAGGGGUCCCGGGGACUCCAAACGCAAUUACACUCCAAGGUGUUAGAACACCCGACUGGCCCGCCCAAAACGGCACCCCAGUCACGAACCCCCUGCGCCAAGUCUCUCCCCGCCUUUACCACGUCAACAUCCCACUUGAGCCCGAGAUAAGAGAAAAAGGGAGGGAGGGGGCAUGUUGAACCUGAACAAGCCAUAAAGAGACAGAACGCCACGCUAUCGCAAUAACAGAACUCUGAACUCACGGCAGUGAGUCAUGUGAGGUGGGAAAGUGGAUGCCCUUACCUGGGAUCUCAGUGCCCCACCACCACGCAAACGCUACGAGCGCUACAAUACGCUAGAAAUGUCGGCCAAAGACACACAAAACGCCUCUAACAAGACCAUUGCAUCUUGGCUUUAACUAUGUUUUAACUGUAUUUAAAAAUUUCAGGGAAGAAAUCGAAGCAGCAAAGACUCUUUUGUUUGGAUUAAGUGCCGGAGCUGGCGUCAGUGCGCUUAGCGGUUCAUCUUUUCAGUCUAUUCCCAGUGCCUCUCUUAAAAUGACCAGUGCCCAGUCCUCUCAGCCACCUGUUAUACCCAACACCUCUCGGCUUAACUCGAAACGAGCAGGGAGCGAAAGUGAUUCUAAUAGCGAGGAUGAUGAUUUAGGAUUCGGAGAAUCAAACUACUUUCACGACAACAAAUACGGUAAGAAACUUUCGUCCAAGAGCAGUUUUAGUCUUUUUUUGAGAAAGCAGAGCGAUAGUCCUUAAGUGAAAUGAUAAACAAGCAGCAAGGCCUAGCAUCCCAGGCAGACCCUCUUAGGGCUUGGAUUCCGUGACCAGCCAAAAGAAAGUCUGUCUGGGAGGCUAAGCAAGACCGCGAACUGCGAGAAUCGCGGCGUUCUUUCUUCAUUCCCUCCUCGUUCUUUACUGCAUAUUUGCGUAAUUAUAAAUAAAUGAUCUAAGUCGAUAAGAGCGAUUACUCCCCGUCUAGAAACUGUAAAGUUUAGCCUGAACUAUGGGCUGUGGGAAUUAUAAUGGAUAAUGUAAGUACGUUUUUCUACCUUGUAGGUUUUUCUAAUUUGGUAGGAUCGUAUAGCACGCAACAUCUGUGAACAUCUGUAGACUAGAGGGAAACUUAAAGGGGCGUUUGCGAUUGUGAGUUUUUGUUUAAGGAAUUGUUUCCUUUCUUGUAGUUUACCCACCUCUUGCUGAGAUGGCGGAUGACGACAAAAGUAGUGGCUGGAAACCCGGUCAACGAAAGAAAAAAAGCGAAAAAGUCGACUCCACAUGGAAUCCAAAAAGUAAGAAAAUUUAAAGCUAUUGCAGUGAUUAUCGUGUGUCCUAUUCGCGCUCACACCGUCUGUUUUUGGAGGCAGCUUCUUCGCAGAAAGUAGUUUCCUUUGAUAAAAAAGGUAUAAUAAUUGCUCUGCCUACGAUGGUGUACCUGCGUGACAACCUGAUCAUCAUGUCCAAUCUUCACAUAUUCAUUUAUUAGGUAAGCUUCAUUGCUCACCCAAAGAAGCAAGGCCUGUUCGCCAAUCUGCGAGACGUAACACCGCUGGCAGUCUUCUGAACUCUCCACUGGAAGAGAGUGCGCCCACGGUAAGUGACUAUACAUGCGUUUUGGAGUUGGUGAAGUGAUGGCGUCUUCAAUUUAGGUGCACUUCAAAUAAUUCCCUCCAAAAGACGCUAUGCUGACUGAACCUGUUUAAUACAGUCAUGUCCAAUACACUCAACUAGAUUCCAGUGAACAAAAACUAGAGUCCACUGGAGUAACUAGAAGUCUGGUCGUGAAAUGAAACCGGAAGUACAAUUUAGCCUUGUGAAGCGUUGAAAGUCACUCGUACAGUCGCCUGGCGUUACCCUAGUCGUAAGAUGAAACCGGAAGUAUAAACAAUUUAACCUCGAGGAGGGUAGAAAAGUCAUCCAGUGGAGUCCAUUAGAUCCAACGAGACGCACUGAUUCCAGUGAAAGAAUCGGAAGUCUAGUCUUGAGAUGAAACCAGAAAUCUAAACAUUUUAAUGUCGGGGAGGCUAGAAUGGUCGAGACAAAGUUACCGAAAACUCAUUGUUAAAGCACUUUCUACCCCCUCAUGCGACAUGAUUGGAAUUUUCCAAAGUCUUUCAUAAAUAGAAAAUGUACAUUUCCAGUGGAGUCUAUUCGUGUCCACUGGAUCCCCAACCCUAGGUAGGACAUUCCUCUUUUUCACCACUAGACUUCUGGUUUUCUAGAGGAGGGCAAGAGGUUUCGACUAUAGCCUGGUUGACAGUAAUGGACAACCCUCGUUUAAUAUACCUAAAUUUACAGAAGGAAGAAAUUAAAGGACAGUCUCUACCAUCGUAUAGGUACUAUUAUCUUUCAGAAUUUUUGUCCCCAGUUUUGGGAUCUCGUCGAAGGGUCUUUAAGUCACGUGGCCACAUAAUUUAGAAACCUGAGCGAAAGUGGUUAGACUUUAUGACCAUCUGUCUUACCAAGAUUGUCAUGGUAUACUUUCUCAUCCACAGGAUAUACCAGCUUCCGGCGGAAGUUUAGAAGGUCGUGACCGAGAUAACGCAAGUGAAAGUAACGCAACGUUGCUACACGGAAGUGAACAAAGUUCAUCAUCGAAUACGACACCCAAUGUUUCAAAACCCAGUGACAAUGUAAAAGGUAGGGUUUGUUGAUGUAAUUAGUUAGUCUUUGUUUAUUGGCCAUAAACUCGUUCAGUGCUUGUCACGCAAAAUGGAAAAGCGACAGUGACUUUUUUUGUCAAGCGCUCUUGUAAAGUAAAUAUUUGCGUGCCGUCUGGUAGGUCGAUGUUAUUUUGUUCCCACCAGACACGGUAGGUCGGACUCGUUAUGAAGCCUUUAUGAAACAUCUUUCCCUUUGUUUCCUAACCCUAAUCACUGAACUUUAUUGAAAGGCAAUGCCACAUUCUGUAGGCCACAUAAGGUGUCUAAUCUGCCUCAGAUCGAUCGAUGUUACUUUGACUUUACCGUCUUACUAAACCACAGUCCCGGGCUAGGCAUAAAGAUACCGUAAGAUUCCGAAAAUAAGCCUCUCUAAAUAUAAGCCCCGUAAACCUGUAACGUAAAAACCCCUCCGUUAAAUCGCCCCUCCGAAUAUAAGCUCCUCGGGGGGCUUGUACUUGGAAAUUGCCCUCGAAUACAAAGUAAAGCAAAGCAAAAACGGUAAAUUUCCUUCCAACUAUAAGGCUAGCCCAAUCGAUUUUGAAACGCACAUUUCCCUCUGUACAUAAGCCCCUCAAAAAAUAAGCCCCUCAAAAAGGGCCCUUGAAAAAUAUAAGACCCGGGGAUUAUUUUCGGAAUCUAACGGUCGUGUUACAAAUUGUUGAAACUUUGCCUUGACAUAGUUUGUAUCUUAUCCACAGUUCAGUCCAAACGAGGAAGACACAAAGCUGUCACAACAACGAAACAACGUCUUGCAAAAAUCCUGAAAUUAGAUAAGAGUGGCAGGUACAUGAGAUGAGUAAACCAAGCAGCACAUUGCCGCCAAGGAUUCAGAUCAGAUAGUAAUAUAAGUCAAUUGCGUUUUCUUCAAAGUGAAAUAGUUUUACAAUUUGUUGUCAAUCGUCAAAUUGAAACAACUGAAAAAUGAACAACACUUCUGAGGUUGCAUUUGAAUAAUUUGGUUCAUCUCAUCUCGCCCUAAUGUUAUAACCAUGUUGUAAUUUAUAAUAAUUUUUUCCAAUGGAGGGUAUCACUUUUAGUCACAUUUAAGGAUUUCAUCCACAGAAUCAAAUAAUUAUGUGUCGCAUUCUGAUACACUGAUGAGAAUUGCUCAGAAAAAUCUAAAUAACUGAACCACUGCGAUUUUCUUCUGUUUAAAUAGCUAUUUUGUCAGGUUUAUUGUAUAAAGAAACUAUUCGUAUUAUUAAUGUCUUUUAUUAACAUCAAUAAUAAUUUACACAAUUGUUUGACCCGUAUAUUUUAUAAUUUAUUUGGCCGCUUUUGAGAACUCUCUGUUAGGCUCAAGAAAAUUAUUACAGAAACCAAUAACCUCUUUAAUAACUUUUGUCCUCAUAUUUCACUGAACGCAAUGGACUUGCAAUACCUUUUCGCUCAAUUUACUUUGUGUCCUUGAUGGGACUCACAGAGAAAGCGGGAGAAAAUAACCUUGGAGAGGGCGAGGUUGCUACUUGCCAUAUGGGGAACAAAGUCGUGGUACAAGGCGGUGCAUGGAUACUUAGAAUCUUAAGGGUCAGAGCAACAAUUAUGGCUGUACAAUUCAAUAUUUUAUUACACUGGAAGGGAAUACUUGCUGCAGGUUUUUAGGUGUAGCCACCUACGUAUAUUUGAAUCUGAGUGUGAAAGCGUGAGGACUAUCGCAAAUGGGGAAUUGGGUGCUGUGUGUCUAUAAUACUGUAGAAAUGCAGAAAAAAAAACAAAGAGAAAAAGAAAUAAUUUUUUUGAAAAAGAUAGUGAGGAAAAUGAAGUAUUUAAUUUAUUUAUGGUAUAUUUAUAAUUAUAAAUGUACGCGUGAUGGCUUGCCAACUUUGCUUAUCCAAAUGUGUUUUCAGCUUCAGUAUUACUAGUUUGAAUAAAGCGAUUUUUU